UACUUCAUCGGCUUGCGAACUUUCAGCGAGUGUGGAGUUUGCCUCCAAAUGAAAAUACAGGGACAGAAGUGACUGCUCUUGCUUGGAGACCAGAUGGCAAAAUUUUGGCUUUUGGCCUUGCUGAUACCAAGAGGAUUAUUCUGUGUGAUGUAGAAAAACCUGAAAGUUUACACUCCUUCUCUGUGGACUUAUCUAUUACAUACAUGCAUUGGAUGGAAGUAACUGAGGAGAGCAGUGUUCUCACCUCCUUUUAUAAUGCUGAGGAUGAAUCAAACCUCCUUUUGCCUAAACUGCCAGCACUACCAAAAAAUUACAGUACCACUGCAAAAAUUUUCAGCGAAGAAAAGUCGGAUGAGAUUAUGAAGCUUCUGGGUGAUGUCAGGCUUAAUGCUCUUGUCCUUGGUGGCAGCUCAGGAUUUAUUGAGAUUUAUGCUUAUGGAAUGUUCAAGAUUGCUACAGUCACUGGGGUGGCAGGUUCCUGUCGUGGGCUGUGCUUGUCUAGUGAUUUGAAGUCACUGUCAGUUAUUACAGAGAUACAAGACUCUUCAGACAGUGAAGCAGAGAUAACAUAUUUUCAGUUGGACACUAGUCUAUUAUCAAGUUACUUACCUGAGGUAACUCGGAUGGCUCGGAAGUUUACUCACAUUUCAACUCUGUUACAGUAUAUAAAGCUGUCACUGACAUGCAUGUGUGAAGCAUGGGAAGAAAUACUGAUGCAGAUGGACUCACGACUAACAAAGUUUGUACAGGAAAAGAAUACAACCACUUCUGUUCAGGAUGAGUUUAUGCAGCUGUUGUUAUGGGGCAAAGCAAGUGCAGAACUUCAGGCAUUACUAAUGAACCAACUGACUGUAAAGGGUUUGAAAAAACUUGGUCAGUCCAUAGAGUCUUCUUAUUCCAGUAUACAAAAAUUGGUCAUAAGUCAUUUGCAGAGUGGCUCUGAGGCACUGUUAUACCACUUGAGUGAAUUGAAAGGAAUGGCUUUAUGGAAGCAAAAAUAUGAGUCUCUGGGAUUAGAUGCAUCUGGAAUUGAAGAGGCUAUUACUGCUGUUGGUUCUUUCAUCCUGAAGGCCAAUGAGCUGCUUCAAGUUAUCGACAGCAGUAUGAAGAACUUCAAAGCAUUUUUUCGAUGGCUGUAUGUUGCCAUGUUGAGGAUGUCAGAAGAUCAUGUGCUUCCAGAGCUGAACAAGAUGACUCAAAAAGAUAUCACAUUUGUUGCUGAUUUUCUUACUGAACACUUCAAUGAGGCACCAGAACUGUACAACCGUAAAGGAAAAUACUUCAAUGUAGAGAGAGUUGGCCAGUACUUGAAAGAUGAAGAUGAUGACCUUGUAUCACCACCUAAUACAGAGGGAAACCAGUGGUUUAACUUUCUUAAAAAUAGUACUCAUCUUAAAGAAAGCCCACUUCUGUUUCCCUACUACCCUGAGAAAUCACUGCACUUUGUCAAAAGGCAGAUGGAAGGGGUCAUUGAUCAGUGUUUACAAAAGCCAGCAGAUGUAAUUGGAAGGUCAGUCCAUCAAGCAGUCUGCAUACCUCUCUAUAAAAUCUCUCAAAGUGAAGAGUCCACACCUCAGUUAAUUAAACUGCCAUUUUUGUGGAAUGACAAAACAUCCAAUAUACAUUAUGUUCUCUUCACCAUAGUAGAAAAUUCUAUUUCUAAAAUACACAUUUUGAGGAGGCAUACUGAUACUUCCAGGUCUGUCAGUAAUGGAAUUCUUAAAGUAGAGUUUGGAAACUUCUUGAACAGUAUAAAUGAGAGCUCAGAGUCCAGAUGCUACAGUUGCUUGGAUGCACACUUCUAUGAUGAUGAAACUGUGACUGUAGUUCUGAAAGAGAGUGUGGAACAAGAAGGGAAGGAGAGAGUCUUGGCUCAGCUGCCUUUAUCUUCAGUAUACACAGAUGAGGACCAAGAUAGUAAAUUCAUCUGGGAUUCUGCAGAAAGACUGGAUGAGCGGAGUGGUGAGAUACCCACACGUACUGUCUUCCUGGAGAAUCAGUGGAGAGUGCUGGAGAAUAUGAAAGCUCAGUAUGUUUCUGUAAAUGGCAUUAGAAAAGUUUCUUGUGUGCUAAGUUCAAAUCUCCGUCACGUGAGGGUGUUUGAGAUGGAUGUCGAGGAUGAUGGUGAAGUUGAGGAAGAAGAGGAAGAAGAAACAACUCAGAUUGCAGCUGGGGAACCUGAGGAGCUAAAUCAGCCUGCAGAUAGCCAGGACAAUGUGGGUGGUGCAUCUGCUGAAGAACUGCCUGAUGAAACUGAGGAACCUGAAACAAGUCUGGAUCCUUGACACAGGCUUUGGUGGUAGUAAACGGACAAGACCAGACUGUAAAUAUUUUUUUUAGUGGCACAAAGAAAUUGUGUACUGAAGAAUGGACAGAAAAUGUUAAAAGCAAGUUCAAGCUCAUUGUGGCCACUGUAAUAGGCAGGGACUUUAUUCAUGCAGUGCCUGUGACUGGGGUGAACUGGAGUGAUACAUGUGAAAGGACACCUACUUAGAAAAUAAUCUGACUUCAGGCUGCUGAGGUGAUGGGUCCUGUGCCCCCUCAAGCAGCUGGGUCAAGUCAGAAUUCUGUAUUGCUUCUCAGCUAAGACUGUGUUCUAGAGUACCUUUAUUUGACCCUUUUUUGUCUGGCACAUGGUUUGGUCUCAGC